AUGACUUCGCAGACAGAAAAAGCAAUUCGCACAGUCUCGGCUUCCGCCACACAACUUGGAAACCAGAUCUCAGUGCACAUGCUGAAUUACCUGAGUACGACUCAGAGUCUACCUGACGGCUUCCGCGAGCUUUCGAAUACCUUCCUUGAUACGUGUCGCACUCUUUGGGCGAUUGAAACCGGAGUGACCGAAUUGGCCGCUGCUAACCGUGCCUUGCCCGAAGUGAUCAUUGGCGAGGUGGAAAAGAAAUUCGUCACGGCAUACCGUGACUUUCAGCAACUUGACAAGGUCAUUCUCAAACUUGUUCAGUAUGAGCACGGUGGGACACUGGGAAAGUUGCAGCGGGGAUGGCACCGCCCGGUUCAUGAAUUGAACCGCAUCCACGAAUCCUUGAAAAAAACAAAUGAAACCCUCCAGAUCAGUGGUAUGGCCUUCCACUGGUCACUUGGGGAGGCGCGAUUGGAAGAAUCAGUGGGAAUCGGCUAUGCGAGCUUGGCUGCUGCGCUGGACCGUAUAUCCAAGGGCCGCUCUGUCCUUGGAAUAAACAAAGUUCCGUCUCUCGACCAUAGCGGACCUCGACCAUCAAUUCAGAGUCAGUCGUCAAAGUCCGACGGAUCUUUGCCUUCUGUGCCACCGAAGGAACCAUCGCUUCAUGGAAAUAGCCCAAGUGACUUCCGAACGGAAGAAUCUAGCCUGAGAAUUCAACAAGAUCGCGGCAGCAACGCGGACGACAUGUCGUCCAUCCUUUCUCUGAAUCAAUUCCUCAACUCCCAACCCGGACGUGAGCCCGUAAUGUCCUCGCCUCUCGACCACCGGCCACUGCCACAUCGACCGGGCAAGAUGAGCACGCCAACUUCGGCGAGGGAGAUCAGUGUGCGACAUGAUACGGAUUCAGACACCACAUUGAACCGCAUACCCGUCAAGAUGCUCCUGAAUAGCGGAGUGUCACCAGACAAGGAGGGAGACUUCUACCCACUCCACGAAGCUGUCAACCAACGUGAUAUUGAAAGCAUGCGGCUGCUACUAGUCUUUCAAGCCGACCCCAACUUUCCAGAUCCCCAAGGGAAAACACCACUUCUUUUGACAGUGGAGCAGGGAUUCGUUGACGGAGCGAUGAUGCUGCUCAAAUAUGGCGCGGAUGCGAACUACCGAACAAACGCGAAGCUCGAAUCACCUCUUAGUUGUUGUAUUGCGAAAAAGAAUUUCGGCCUUACUCAAUCCCUGCUCGCUCACGGAGGGUGUCCGAACAAAGAUACACCGAGUGGAACAAUAUUAUUGAUUGAGACGAUACGCAAGCGGGCGCCGGAGCAGAUGAUCGAAGUCUUGCUGGAGACUGGUUGCGACCCCAAUCACAAGGACAACCACGGCAAGACGGCGCUAUGCGAAGCGGUCCAAAGCGACCAACCAACCAUCGUCACAGCCCUACUCGAUCAUAACGCGAAUCCCAAUCUGCCUGGGCCUGAGCAUCCCCUUUGGCCUGCCGUUUAUCGGCCAGGCUGUCUGCGGAUUUUGCUCGCGCGUGGCGCCGACAUCCGCAAGACUCCAGGAAUCAUGGAACAGGCGACUAGCGUCAACAACAUCGACGCUGUACGCAUCCUGCUGCAGGCUGGUAUAGAUCCCAACCUCAAAAAAGACGGGACCUACACCCCAUUGUGCUCGGCAAUCCGCGACGAUCGCCCAGAUAUCAUUGCUCUCCUGCUCAGUCAUGGGGCCAACCCUAAUCUGAUGGCAUCAGAGUACCCAGCCUGGAAGUGUGUCACUCACAAUCGUCUACACUUCCUUCCAGAGCUGGUGGCAGCUGGUGCCGACCUCCAUCAACCACCGGGUAUAGUCGAGUGUGCCGUGCAAAUCAACAAUUCAUCAGCUCUGCACUGGCUCGUAGAGCAAGGAGGUGCCAACCCCAAUGACCGCAAUGCACAAGGCCAUACCGCUGUGACCACCGCAAUCCGAGAGGACCGCCCAGAGAUGCUCGAAUGGCUGCUAGCACACGGGGCAAAUCCCAACAUCCGCGGCCAAGACUGGCCCAUCUAUAUGGCAGUUUGGUCGCCAGCCAUGUUGAGGCUACUUCUGCCGGGGAUAACAGACCUCGGUGCUCACAAGGGAGUCAUGGAGAAGGCAGUUCAAGCGAACCAUCUCGAGAACGUUAAGCUCUUGCUCGAAGCCGGCGCCAAUAUAGAAUGGAAGAAUGGCGGCGUAUUUUCCCCGCUGACGACAGCACUGCGCGAGCGACAUGCAGAUAUGGUUCGUUUUUUGCUGGAUGAGGGCGGCGCCGACCCCAAUGCUCCAGGCGAACAUCUUCCACUCGUCAAGGCGAUACGCCGAUGCGACGAUGACGACUUCUCCAUGAUCGAACUCUUACUCGAGAAGGGCGCGGACCCGAAUAAAUGCUAUCGCGACUGGAAUGCUAUCAUGCAGGCCAUUGAGAACCGCGACCUGAGACUCUUGAAACUCUUGAUUGAAAAGAGCGGUCCUGCUGAUCUUAUUCAGAAGGAUGAGACGGGCACGACAGUCCUGGAGAUGGCUGAAACUUCCGGCUGGCCGGAAGGAUUGCAGCUUUUACUUGAAAACUCUCGCCAGUGA